AUGUACCCCAAAGACAGGCGGGGGCAGCCAGGCUCGCCCGGGGCGCGCCUUGGGGCCCUGGGGUCGCCUUGCCGCCCCCUCGGCUUCGGGUUGAGGUCCAAGGGGCUUCCCUGGGCGGGGGGGCGGGGCUGCGCCUUGGGGGGUCGAGGGGGCCAAAUGUGCCGCGUCCAGGUAGGCGGCGUCUCGACCCUGGGCUCCAGCAGCCCCUUGGGACCCACACCGUCCCCCAGGGCCCGCGAGCUUUGUGAGCCGGAGCGCGCCCCCGGGGCCCGAUGCCAAGGAGGCCAGAAGGGGCGGGGGGGGGCAGGUGGAGUCCAGAGGCGGAGGCACCCGGCGGACGCGGAUCCGCUUGCUCAGAGCAGGGCGAGGCGCAGAGAGGGGGGGGCGUGCAGAAAAGGAACCGCCACCCCCGCCUCCCGCCCCCUCUGCUUUGUCUCCGCAGACCCAUCUGGGAGCCUGUGGGGGGGCCGCGAGGCCGGCGCCCCUCCCCUCUGGCUGGGGCCGGAGCCCGACUCGGUGUCGUGCGAGAUCAACGCUUACUCGCCGCACGAGGCGCGCGUCUCCUGGGCGGCGGGGCUGGCGGGGGGCGAGGGCUGCCCCCGCGCCCUGGAGAGGGGCAGCUGGUUCAUCGCCACCCUCCAGAGCCCCGGGGCGGGCUACGGGCUCAGCAGCAUCGUGCACGCCGAGGAGCCGCGGGACCGGCCGGGGGCCGCCGGCAGCAUCACCGCCACCACAGGUACCCCCCAAGCGGCAGCGUCUCUCCGGCCCCCCUCUCGGCGGUUUGGGGUCAGGGGCACGGAGCCGCAAAACGUGGUCUUCUCUGUGUUUACUCGCACCCCACACCUUCAGUCCCGCCUGGGCCAAGACGUGGUCCUUGACUGCGGCUUCUCGGCACCGGCCUCCCCGUUCUCGGUGGAGUGGCGCCACCAGCACCGCGGGGCGGGGCGGGUGAUCCUGGCCUACGACGGGGCUGCCAAGCGGAUCUCCGUGGCGGAGGAGGGCGUGGAGCUCUUCCUGGACCCGGGCACCAACAACGUCUCCAUCCGCCUGCGCCACGUCGGGGUGCGCCAUGAGGGCACCUACAUCUGCACCGUCUACCUGCCCCACCUGCACGCCCAGCAGGUCCUGGAUCUGAAGACCGUGGAGCCUCCCCGGGUGACCCUCCGCCCGACCCUCCUCUCCGUGCCCCCCAGCGGCCACGCCAAGCUGGCCUGCGAGAUCUCUGGCUAUUACCCGCUGGGGGUGUCCGUGAGCUGGAGGCGCAGGGGGCCGGGGUCUCCCCAGGAAGCGCUCCUAGACACCUGGGAGUCGGGGCAGAAACAGUCGCCCGACGGCACCUUCAGCCUCACCAGCUACGCCCGCCUGGGAGCCGUCCAGCCGCAGGACCACGGCGCCUCCUACAGCUGCCACGUGGCCCACGCAGGCUUGGGGGACGCCGAGCUGCAGAAGGCCGUGAAGCUCCACGUGGCAGGCUCCUCAGGACCCUGCUUGGAGGACGCCAUCGGGCUCUUCCUCGUGGCCUUUGGGCUCUAUGGGAUCAUGCAGCUCUUCUUCAGGCGGGCCCCUGGUGACAGGACCAAAGCUCAGGUAAAUUCCGGGACAGCCCCGAGCCCCCCGCCACCCGCGCCGUUCAGCCCCCUCGCUCUGUCGGGUCAGCCAGCCCUCCUUUAG